GGAUCGAGAGCAUCCGAUAUUAGCAUCGUACGAUAAAUAUUUUCUAGAUUUUGUUUUCGACUCUCAACUUAUUUACUUGGUUUACGUUAUCAAACACAAAUCAUGUCUGGUUUUGAAACGUGUGGUCCAAACGAAGCCUUGGUAAUAUCAGGUUUAUGUUAUAGCAAGCCAAACAUCAUUGUUGGUGGAAGACAGUUCGUUUGGCCAUGUUUCCAGCAGUGCGACAGGUUAUCACUGAACACUAUAACGCUGACCAUUGCAAGUCCUACCGUCUACACAAGAUUGGGUGUUGCUAUCUCGGUCACUGGGGUGGCACAAGUGAAAAUUCAAGGUCAGAACAGAGAAAUGCUGGAGGCUGCAUGCCAGCAGUUCCUGGGAAAGUCUGACAGGGAGGUUCAAAAUGUGGCGAUGCAAACACUGGAGGGCCAUCAGCGCGCCAUCAUGGCUCACAUGACUGUCGAGGAGAUUUAUCGUGACAGAAAGAAGUUCUCGCAGCAAGUGUUUGAGGUAGCCUCCUCCGACCUCAUCAACAUGGGCAUAUCCGUCGUUAGCUACACACUCAAGGAUAUUCACGAUGACGAGGGAUACCUGAAAGCUCUAGGCAUGGCCAGGACUGCAGAGGUGCACCGUGAUGCAAGAAUCGGAGAAGCAAAUGCAAAAAAGGAAUCCGGGAUCAGGGAGUCAUUAGCUCAGGAGCAGCAGAUGCAAGCAAGGUACAUCAAUGACACGGAGAUUGCAAACGCGCAGCGUGACUUUGAGCUGAAGAAGGCGACCUACGACAUGGAAGUCAACACAAAGAAGGCCCAGUCGGAACUCGCUUACGAUCUACAGGCGGCGAAGACGAAGCAGCGCAUCAAGGAGGAGCAGAUGCAGAUUCUCGUCGUCGAGCGCACGCAGCAGAUCGCGCUGCAGGAGCAGGAGAUCCUGAGGAAGGAGCGCGAGCUCGAGGCACGCAUACAGCGCCCCGCCGACGCAGAGAAGUACCGCCUCGAGCGGCUCGCCGAGGCCAACAGGUAGCGCCACCUCCCGCACGCGCGGCGGCGCGCCUCUGCAGAUCAUCCCUGCAGAUGUAUGACAUCGUUUAUAAUUCAGUUGAGGGGUGAAGCUGAAGCAUUUGCCAUUGAAGCAAAAGCUAAGGCAGAGGCUGAGCAGAUGGCAAAGAAGGCAGAUGCGUGGAAGGAAUACAAGGAUGCGGCCAUGUUGGAUAUGGUCCUGGAAACAAUGCCUAAGGUUGUCGCUGAGGUGUCGGCCCCGUUGUCACAGACCAAGAAGAUCACGAUGGUGUCUAAUGGCAAAGGAGAUGUCGGAGCAUCUAAGCUAACUGGCGAGAUCGUGGAUAUUGUCAACCAGCUGCCCAAGAUUGUCGAGAGUAUGACUGGGAUGGAUGUCUCCCAGGUUAUGAAGAUGGCCCACCCACGAUAGAACUACUAUGCAUCAUCCAGGAUCACGUCAAUGGGUUAAAUGCAACCGUGAACAUAUUUAUACAAUUUGUAUAUGUAUUCUAUACAUAUUGUAUAGAUGUGUUCGUGCUACAGCUACGGAUUACAUCUUCCUCUUGGUAUUUUAUAUAGUUACUUCAAUACUACCAGUGUUACCAAGAGGGUCAUCUCUUUAUCCUUAUGGCUUGUGUGGCGCUGUGUGAGACUACUAAUCUAAUAAAUACUUGAGAAAUGUUAGCUUGUGUGUCUUGGGGGUUUUCGCACUGAUUGUUACAAAACAUUAGCAAAAUGCGAACAGAAUUGGCCCAUGUGCGUGAGAAUAAAGGAUCGUGUAGUAAAAUUGCAUGUUUCAUGGAAACUUCAUCAUUUUGUAAGCUAAAUAUUUUAAAUGCGGCAUUGGUUGAGCCAUAUUUCCUGGAGUCACUCACGUUGUUGGAAGUGUAAAGUAUGUGAUGUUCCCUGUUUCCAGUAUCUUUUGGAACAUUAUCGAAGGUGGCAUGCAAUAUAGGUAAUGAAAAACGAUAAACAAUCUUAACCCCAUAAACUAUUCAGUUUUGUUCUAAAAGUUUCAAACUAUGUAGAAAACCUUUUCCCUGUCAGGCGCUAUGUAUCUAUUAGAUUCGCUGUCUCACAAACCGCUUCAAUCAGCUUGGUUUUCUUCUGUUUGUUAACGUCGUGUGAUCUUUGCCAGCAUGCUAUGUUUGGUAAUACCAUGAGAAGUCCUACCGGUAGAUAUUAAUAUGCAUUUGUCGUAUAGUGUAUUUUUGACAUUUUAGGUGGUUAAGGCAUGUUUGUAUGCCCUUGUGUUUUAAUAUCAGUACUAUCGUAUCGUUCCUGUAAUUAAAUCCCGAUAUUUAUGGGGAUUGCAUGCAUUAAUGUUUAGUGUUUUAUUAGUCGCUUACCGAAUCUCAUGAUUCUAUUUUAUAAUGAGGUUUUUGCCAUGAAAUACAUAUAUCUCAGUGUUGUAGUGGAGUGAAAUGAAAUGUGUUCAACCCACGCGAAUCUUGGCAAGCAUUUCUUGUCAUAUAUUACUAUUAUUAGGAGUAAGAAUCUUGCCUUCUCAUAUCUUUGUUGUUUGGGCGAGUCGUGGGUAGGUACGUAGACGCCGUACUGCCAUCUUGUGCCCCGAUUCGUGUCUCGAUUGAAUCUCGUACCUUGCACGAAGCUCUUAUGAGUGAUGUUAGAGUGAAUAUUUACACGCCACGGGCCUCGGUCGGUGCAGUAGAAAGACGACGCAGGUUGCAUGCUGUCUGGGUGAACCAUACCGCACCCAUAGUUUGAUGUUAGGCAUUUAAGUCUGUAGAGGUUAGAGCGUUUACUCACGGAAGCGGUAAUCGUUCGUGCGUGGCGUUCUGGGCAGUGCUAGAUGUGUUUUUGUCUCCCAGCAUCCAUCCGGCCAGAAAUCAUUAUCGCUUGUCGUGCAUGGCAGUGGUUCAGGGAAAACUACCAGUGUAUUUUUAUUCGGUGUCGAAUGAUAUUUUUAAUGGCAAUAUUUACCGAGUAUCGAGAAUUCAGAGAGUAUGUUUGUAGUGUAGUGAACAGUAGCCAGAUGCAUUAAAUAUUAUAUACUACUCAUAUAUGUGCGUGCGUGCGUGCGUGCGUGCGUGCGUGCGUGAAUGCCUGUGUAUCUGUGUGUGUAUAUGCGUGCAUUGCGUGUGUGUGUGUGUGCGUGCGUGCCUGCGCCUGUGUGCGUGCGUGCGUGCGGGCGGGCGGACGUAUGUGUACACAUGCAGGCAUGAGAUUGCGUGCAUAUUUGCGUGUUGUUGCUAACAGUCAGUGGCCUUACUUAACCAUAAAAUGUACUCACACACAUGUAUGAACAAUUUCUCUAAUACAGUAUUAUUUACCUUGUUUAUAUUAUUAUUAAUCCUAAUAGAUUCCGUAUUUUGUGUGUGUUUGUGUUCGUCGUGUUCCAAGAUAUAAUUUCACGAAUCGUUCUACAACGUGACUGCUCCGGAGUUUUCGAAUAAAUCACGGUGAUAGAGCUGACUACCACUUUACAAUAAUAAAUAAUAAUUAUCAAUAAUAAAUAAUAGUGAGAUUUA